AUGGUGGUGGAGGCAUUGUUCUUUUUGAAGGAGAAGAAGACCAUUUACUAUCUUGUUCACUGUGCAGACUACAUUGCUUCUGAAUAUUUUAUUUAUGUUGGAAAGAUGAUUGCCCAUUCUGUUCUUCACAGUGGUAAAGGAUUUGUUGGGUUGUCACGGGCUAUAUCAGAGUUCAUUGUUACAAAUGAUUUGGAAAGGUCCAUGCUAAAAUUGAUUGUCAAUGAUAUUCCUGAUUUGGACAUCAGGGAAAGCCUUGCGAAGGUAAAAAAAAACAUACACGUAAAGUACUUUUAAAUGAAAGUAUUAGUUCAUUGUACAUGCUGCACACUGCAUUUUCCCAUUGAGCGCCCUUCACUUGAGAAGUACAAUUGUGUGUCUUUGGGCAGGGUAAAUGAUGAAGUACUGUACCGUACAGCAGGGCGCAACGUGAAAAAGGCUAAUUGGUUAAAAUCUAUACUAUUUAACAAUUAGACAAUGAAGCCGAGUUGUCUAUGAGUGAUUAGUAUAAAUUUCCAGGUGACUAUUGACUUUCCUGCAUUCUGAUUGGUCAAGAUUCACUGUCUCUGAAGUGAUAGUCACUGGUCAGUGACUAUAGCUUUUUGCUUUUUUUAAAAAAUGGCUGCUCGUUUUGCCAUUGUUACGGAAGAGGAAAUUGCUCAAAUUAAAGAAAACAGCAUUCCAAAAAAAACGAAAGAAGCUACAAAAUAUGGUGUAAAAAUAUUUCAAGGUAAAAUAUUAAACUUUAUGUGCUUUUAUUUGGAAAAAAACUGGCUUCGUCGUAACGCGACACAGAGCCGUAUCUGAAAUUUAAAUUAUGUAAACAAACUAUUUAUAGUGAAAAUAAACACAAAAACUUCGUUUAUUUAAUAUUUAGAGUGGUUUCAUGACCAAGCUGAAUUUACAACAGCAUUUGAAUGCAUGAGUACUGAGGAAAUGAAUAAGUGUCUUUCCAAGUUUUACGUCUCAGCAAGAAAGCAAGACGGAAAUUACUACAAAAAAACUAGUUUGUUGUCCAUAAGAGCAGCGCUUGACCGCCACUUGAAAUCGCCGCCUUACAACAAAAGAUUUUCAAUAUGCGAUACCGUGUUGUUCAGUGAAGCAAAUAAAACUCUUAGUUCAUACCUGAAGCAGCUCGUGAAGAAUGGAAAGAUAGCAGCCACAGUACACAAAGUCAGUUUGACAGCCGACAUAACCAAAAAGCUGUAUGAAAAACACGAGCUUGUUGAUGUUGAUACACAAAGUCCUCGGGCUUUGCUUCAAACGGUUUGGUUUCAAAUUUCCAUCUACUUUGGAAAACGUGGUAGAGAAAACCAAAGUUCACUUAAGAAGUCAAUGCUAUGUCUAGUCAAAACCGCAGACGGCCAAGAGUACUUCGAGUUGAACAGAAGCGAACCCGGCGCUGUUCUCACGAGCAAAAAUCACACGGGAGGUCUAGAUGGCUCUGAAGAUCACUCCGACGGUAAAAUAUUUUCCCAACGCGGUUCUAAACGUUGCCCUGUCGAAAUCCUUAAAACCUACUUGAAUCAUCUUAAUCCAAAUAUUUCCGCGUUAUUCCAAAGGCCAAAAAGCGAGAGCUCGGCAAAAUUCAACCCAAAAGUUCACGAAGUCUGGUACGACGCUUUAAGGUUGGCCACAACACGCUCGAAAAUAUGCUGCGAAAGAUGACCGAAAGGGCUGGAAUAACACCAUAUCUAACCAACCAUUCCUUACGAGCGACAACCGUGACAGUUUUGUCCAGCAGCAACAUCGAGACUCAGCAAAUAAAAGCCAUCACGGGGCACAAGAGCGAUUCCAGCAUUGAAAGCUAUUGCGAACGACCAACGCUUGGCCAAUUCAAGGAAAUGUCAACGGCAUUAACAUCAUUUAUCCACAGCGACAGAAGUCCAGAAUCUCGAAGCCAAUCUCUCGAUUUGUCGAAGGAAAAACACGGGCAUUCUGCUACGAUCUUAACACCAAUUUCAACGCCUUCAUCCUGCCAAAAUUUGCAGUCGACUGAACAUGAAAACUUCUUCACGUCGCUUGGCUUGAAUUCGAGGUCAAUUCUGCCAUCGGGGUCAUUUAACAAUUGCCAGUUUACAUUUAAUGUAAAUAUGAACAAUUGUCGACAAUGAUUUAUAAUAACUGUACAUUUAUGUUCGAUUUAUACGGCAAUAUUGGAGCCAAACUGUUAACUUGUAAUGUGAACUGUUGACAAAGCGACAAGCUUCGAAAAAUGAUGAGUCGCACGCGCAUGUUCGGCCGUGACGUACUUCCAUGUUAUUAAUUAUUAAUUAAAAUAAUAAAUUUGAAGUGAAUUUUUAUAAACUUGUGUUACUGUUGAUUUAUUUUAAUAUUUGUGAACACCUGGAAAUUUAUACUAAAACAAUUAGUCGCCUCAGGCUCGGUGAUUACAAGCCUAUAUUCACUUCGCCUUCGGCUCAGUGAAUAUAGGCUUGUAAUCACCUCGCCUUCGGCGACUAAUUGUUAAAUAGUCGACGAGGCGAAGCCGAGUUAACUAUUCCCUCACAGACAACAAGGCUGAGUGAAUUUUACCAUUCAAUAUUUUUCUUAUCCAGAUCCAAGAUGCACAAAAGAAUGAGGAUCUCGACUUAACACCAAAUGAGCUAUUAAUGCUUACUGAAGCUGCUUUUGUAAAUGAACUAGUUACAAUAGAAAACAAAUACAGGGCAUGCCAGUGUGUCAUGACCCAUGUUGUUUUCCAAAUGAGAAAAGAUGAAAUUGAUCAAUUGAGAAGAGGGAUGGAUUGUAUUUCUUUGCUUACAUUCCUGAAGUCAAAUGAAGGUUGCUUGCCCUUCAUAUUUCCUCUUACUGGCGAUGUUAAAAUUAGUGUUGAUGAAUUGUUACAAUUAAUUCCACAAUAUUCUCCUGAUAUGGGAGACAAUGAGAAAGUUAUCAAUUGGCUUAUUAAAUAUGUAAAAGAUGUGGGAGAAAGGAGAAAAGGUAAUACAUAUAAUUCCACAGCAGUAUAAUAAUAAAUGCAUAUAUUUAACUUUUACAUUUGUUAUUACUGUAAAUUACAGUUUACGGUUUCGUACAAUGGUAUUUAGUAAUAAUCGGUUUCGUACAAUGGUAUUUAGAGAGUAAAAAAAUUUAGUGUCCUUUUGUGUCCUGAAUAUUAAGUGCACAUACUCUGUUCUUACCGGUUAAUAAAAGCUAAGGUUUUGUCUUUCGAAUGACACAUUCCUUGUAUCAUUACAAGCAGAAUUAACCAAAUACGAGCCGAUUAAAAAUUUCACUUUUGUGCAUAAUUAAGAUUCUGUGGAGUAUUGAUAAAUGCACGCUUAAUAUAAGUCCGAUUUUUUAUCAAAUGUUCCUCAAAUGUUCAUUAGUGCAUCCAGAAUAUGAGAAAGGUGUCAAGUAGACAAGUAAUAAAACAAUUUAUGAAUUAUUCAGAGUUUUCAAAAUGUUGUACCUUCAUGCCUCUGAGUUAUGCUCCUGCUGGUUUUAAGAUAUACUUUUCAAAAUAUCAUUCUUUUUCACCAUGCAGCUAAAUAGUUAUGAAAAAACGUGUCGGCAUUUUUUUAUGUUUUUCGCCAUUCGUCUGAUAUGGUGAUUUCGUUGAGAACUGUAUUAUAUUUUAGAUGUUUUUGAACAAAUCGCUCAUCAUUCACUAAAUAGCCUACCCAACUUUUUAUACUUUUAGGCGAGAAAGAAGGCAUAUUGUCAGCGUUACCGUCACUGGAAGAAAUGGUACAGUUCCUUGUUGGGCAUCCAUACCUUCCUACAAAGCAGCUCUGCAUUUCAUUUGCACCAACCCCGUUUCCAGAUCCUAAUGCUUGUUUCAUGUCCGUAAAACUACCAAAUAUGUACACAAAUUAUGAAGAUUUCAAACAUGCCAUGAAUGUGGCUAUCACUGCACAACAUUCGGGAUUUGGCAGAGGUUGA